UAGGACCCGGAAGAGAUGCGCAGUUGGUGUUGUUGUUCGGAGCUCUUUGGUGAAAUUUAGCAACACAUAUAGACAGAGCAGAUUUUGACGAGAUUAUGGCGUCUUCUCCUAAAGUAAAGAGAACCACUAAACCCAGAGGUGCACAAAACCUCCCCAGAUCCCAGAAAGAUGCUUAUGCCAGACUUCUGAAUCAGCAUCAGAAUGGCAAGUUCCGUUCUUACUUGCAAGAGUUUGCAAAGCAGCAGGCAGAGGAGAACAUGAGGACACCAGUUAGCAGAUCUGUGAAUGAUGUAAACAGGAGAACAAAAGGCAAUUCGGAAUCAUCUUAUUCUGGUGAUAGCUUAUCCUCUCAGCAAAGUAGACAGAUGGCUGACACGUCCAACUAUUUGCACACAGACAAAAAAAUCCAUCAGGCAGUGUGCGCUGAUGACCAGGACAUGAAGCCUUGCAUGCAUGCCACAACGGAGUCGCAUAAGGCUGCUGCACCCAGAAAGCUACCCUCAAAACAGCAACUGGAGAGAAGUGAAAAAGACAUCAAAGGGAGCACAAGUCUAGUGGGAUCUGAGGAAUGUGACGCUCAACAGUUGAGCGGUUCAUGUGGGGAGGAAAAAGCAAAGAAAAAAUCAAAGAAGAGGAGAUCAAAAAGAAAUUUGGAGAAAAAAGACGUGGGGGCAUCAUGUGGUCCCGAAGUUGAAGCCAUUGCUGGGAAAUCACCAAAUAAAAACGUCAAAGCUCCUCAAGCACCAAAAGAAAGUUUACAUCAAAGGGACAAAAAUAAAAACACUAAAGAUUGUAGAUGCUCCCGGAAGCUGCUGUUCGAGGAGUACAUGUGCACAGAGGAUGUGUCUGCAGGCCUAAAGAGAGGAGAACUCAUUCAGGGAGCACUGAGGAUAAAUCCUAAGAAGUACAAGGAAGCUUUUGUCCCAUCUCCUGAUGGGUUAGCCGAUAUCUUUCUGGAUGGAAUUGCAGCUCGUAACAGGGCUCUCAAUGGAGAUGUUGUCGUGGUGAAAGUUCUCCCCCCUGAACAGUGGAAGGCAGUCAAUGGAGAUAUAAAUGAGAGAACUCUAUCCGGUCAGAAUGCACCAAAGGCUCCUGAUGUCAUUGUGGAGGCCCAUUACAAUGAAGAAGAUGAGGUGAUCAGUAAAAUGAAGAAUGCCAAUCUCUAUGAUAAAGCCCCCAUCACAACACACUCUGUCAAACAUGCUAAUGCGUGCUUCACUUCUGGUUCAAGUUCAGAGAGAGCUAUGCAAAGGACUGGAAAGGUUGUAUUCAUUGUUGAGAAGAAGCACUCAAGAGCAGCAUCAGGCUUCCUCAAAUUUCUUCCCAACAAGAAUUUUGCUAUGUUCUCUCCUGUGGACCAUCGGAUCCCAAGAGUUAAUGUGCCUCUCGCAGAUUGUCCUGCAGACUUUAUCUCCAGACCUGGAGACUAUGAAAACACACUCUUCAUCUGCCGAAUAACACAGUGGUCAGCAGACAACAACUUUGCUGAAGGGCGGCUUGCAAAAACUUUAGGGCAAGCAGGUGAAAUAGAGCCGGAAACAGAAGGCAUCCUGACUGAAUAUGAUGUGGACUUUUCAGAGUUUUCCAAGGAGGUCUUGAAUUGUCUUCCCCAAGAUCUGCCGUGGAGCAUCCCUGAUCAUGCGCUCUCUAAAAGACGAGAUCUCAGAAACGAAUGCAUAUUUACCAUCGACCCAGCUACAGCCAGAGAUCUGGAUGAUGCACUGUCCUGCAAACAACUCUCAGAUGGUAAUUUUGAAGUUGGUGUUCAUAUAGCUGAUGUGAGUUACUUUGUGGAGGAAGGAAAUGCCUUGGAUCAAAUAGCUGGCCGAAGAGCCACAAGUGUUUAUCUUGUCCAAAAGGUGAUCCCCAUGUUGCCUCGUCUUCUGUGUGAGGAGCUAUGCAGCUUGAAUCCUCUGACUGAUAGACUGACAUUCUCUGUCAUUUGGAAGCUUUCUCCAGAGGGAAAGAUCCUGAGUGAGUGGUUUGGGCGAACUGUCAUCUGUUCCUGCAUUAAGCUGAGUUAUGAUCAUGCUCAGAGUAUGAUUGAAGCUCCUGACAAGCACUUUAGUGCUGAAGAACUGCCAACCUGCUCCCCAGAUCACAGCAUCCACGACAUACAAGAAGCCGUCUUCAACUUGCACAACAUUGCCAAACAACUCCGAACCCAGCGCUUUGAGAGUGGAGCUCUCCGGCUUGACCAGCUUAAGCUAUCUUUCACCCUCGAUAAGGAGUCCAGCAUGCCUCAGGGCUGUUACAUCUAUCAGUAUCGGGACAGCAACAAACUGGUGGAGGAGUUCAUGUUGCUGGCGAACAUGGCAGUCGCCCAUCAGAUCUACCGCACAUACCCAGAAUUAUCCCUACUGCGGAGACACCCGCCACCCCAGAGCAAGAUGGUGGAUGACCUGCAGGAAUUUUGUGACCAAAUGGGCCUUGACGUUGACUUCUCCUCAUCUGGGGCACUCCAUAGGAGUCUGAAUGAAAGCUUUGGGGAUGAUGAGUAUACAGCUGCCAGGAAAGAAGUUCUCACUCACAUGUGCUCCAGGCCAAUGCAGAUGGCGGUGUAUUUCUGUUCUGGAGCUCUGAAGGAUGAGAAGUUAUUCCGUCAUUAUGCACUGAAUGUGCCUCUUUACACACACUUCACUUCACCUAUACGACGCUAUGCUGAUGUCAUAGUGCACCGUCUACUGGCCGCCUCCAUCGACUGUGGGCCACGUUUGAGUCUCUCAGGAGAGGAAGUACAUAAACAGUCAUCCCACUGCAAUGACAGGAAGACUGCUUCAAAGAGAGUUCAAGAGCUGAGCUCUGAACUUUUCUUUGCUGUCUUUGUGAAGGAGUGUGGUCCUCUGGAUUCGGAGGCUAUGGUCAUGGGGGUUCUUGACCAGUCCUUUGAUGUGCUGGUGCUUCGCUAUGGAGUGCAAAAACGAAUCUACUGUAAUUCAUUAGAGGGACUAAAGGCGGUCAACUUCCGUAAAGUGGGAAAAAAACCGGAGAUGACGCUUUUUUGGGAAACGGGUGACCCAGGAAAGGAGUUACAACAGGAGAUCUCCAUCUUCACUCUGUUGAAUAUUCAGCUGAAGGCAGAUCGAGUUCCUAUGAAAUACAGUGCUGUGCUCAAGAGACCCUCAGCACAUGUAUGAAUUAUCCCAUUUUUAUUUAUUUUUUAUUUCCGCAGAUUUAUUCUUAACCAGACAGAAGUAUCAAUGGUGACAAAGGCUUCUCCUCUGCACCAGUAAAUCAUGAACUCCGUUUUAUGUGAUUUUAUUUGACUUUUAUAGGAUUUUGUUCUGAAAUCUGCCAAAUGCACAUUUCUUUUAAUUUGGAAAUGUUGAGUAUUCAAGUUAAGAAAUAUUUGAAAUAUUUAGCUUUAGCCUCAGGAAGUGUUUAGUGAAGAUUUUGGUUUCAGGGAUUGUGUCAUAAGUUUAAAUAUUUUUAUUUUGAAACAUGCAAUUCACCCUCAUUCAGAAAAAUAGUUUCCAAAGUGAAUUUUAGUUACUUUUUUGAUGCCAGUGUUUUAACACUUCGACCAUUGUGUGCUUUGUAACAUUUGAGCUUCUUCUUUUUUCUUUUUUUUUUCUGCCUUAAACCUUUUAGUAUAUGCAGCCUUUGAAUGAGAGAUAAUCACUUCAGAAAUGGCGUUUGUCAACUUUAGAAGUUGAAUAUAUGUUAAUGAUUAUUUUGUUUUCCCAAUGGGAAGCAUUGAGCCCUUAACAAAUAUACCAUUUUAUUAAGUGAUCUUUGGACUAUAUAUUAGCUUGGCUGAGUGAUUGCUUUGUUUUGUUGCAAAAACUGGAUCUAUUAUGUUUUUAAAUUUGACCUUUGGUUAAGUCUUUUGUUAACUAUUGAUAGAUGCUUUUUAAUUUUUUUCAAGAAUUAGUUGUAAAGCAUCAACUUUUGGGACCCACCAUUUGAAGAAAACAUCUGGCAGAUAAUUUUACUUUACAAUCACUACACUGCAUGCUACUUAUGUAUGUAAAGGUACUGCACAAAAUACCCCAUACACUUGAUUACUGUUUUACAUACACUGAAUGUCUAUUUGCUGUCUUUUAAGAAAUGUUUUCGUGUCAUUUGUCUCAUCUUAUACAUUUCAUUUAAUGUUUUCAUAUGCUUAUUUUUGCACAUGGAAUUUGAGUGAUCGUUUCAGAUAUAUCUACGAUUUACUUUUAAAUAAUUGAUCUUGCAAACAAUGUCUUCUCUACUGUAUAGUGUGAUAUGCCACCAUUGAGUCCAUUAUAAAACUUACUGGAUUAUAUAACAUGUCAGAAAGACUAGAAAAAGGCAUCUGGGCUUAACUUAAUUUUCAACCAUUUCGUCAGUUGAAGAAUCUCUACAGUUAGCAAGAAAGCAGUCGUAUGAUAUGAAAAAAAAAAUGUGGAAAUGAAGUGGGGGGAAAAGUUGCCCAGUUUUAAGAUUGGAACAUGUCAGUAUCCAUGUGUAAAAUGUUUGUAAAAUCUGCAUAUGGUAUUUAAUUAGAGACUUGUGUCAUACGUACUCUGGUAGGGGUUCAAUUUGAUGUACAUGCUCAUUUGUUGUAACGUUGGUCUAAAAAUGCAGUGCCAUCACAUAUAUGCAAUCUUGAGUGAUAAGGACAAACCUGUGGUUGUUGGUGAAUGAAAAUGCUUAAAUGUUAUACUGACUGCAAAACUAAUAAAAACACUUCCACAAAGUCUCCACCA